AUACAGCAGGCCCCUUUCUUUGAAGUCAUCACCUCAACGUCAUGAAUAAAAUGUCAAAAAAUGCAUCCUAUCCCACCAAAGAUGAGCACUGGAAAACGAUUAAAGAAUUAAUAGAGAUCAUACUGAAAGCAGAAAGGAAACCAAGCGUUAAAGAAUCAAUGAAUGCACAUUUUGCAUGCUUUGCUCUCGAAACGGGUGAGUAUAAAGAUAAAGCAGAUUCUGUCUAUUAUCGUAAGCCGAACGGGCAAAGAGUUCAUGGCGUUCGCAUUCGAACGGCAAAGCUUAUAAGGCAACAUUGCGAAGUUCAUAUGAAUGAAACUCGCCAAGACUUCCUAGACAAGUGGCAAAGAGCAACAAAACUUAUCUUUACAUAUCACGAUAGACAUUACGUCAAACGUGAGCAACACGAAAGUACAGGACCACCAAAUUAUGAAACGGCAAAUAUGCUUGACUUCGGUAUGAUGGUCUGGGAUGAAGUUCAUCUUGAGCAACACCUUCAUACAAUUGCAAUUUGAGCUUCAACGGCAAGGAAGGGAAUGGUAUGAACCAUGCGCUGCUGGAGAAGUAGGACCACAUCCAGUGUAAUACCAUAGCAAUCAACACUUUUCA